AAAAAGAUCCUCUUGAAUGUUUUGAAAAGAAAAAGACAAUAAUAAUAAACAAUAAUAAGAGAUAUGUCUCAAAUACUUAACGAGUUGAUCAAUACACUAUAUUAUUUUACAUGCCAUAAAUUUGUAUCAGGUUCCUUGAUUGUAAGAAAUAUGGCUUCGGCGAAAAGAUUUUAUAGAAGGACGAACAUACUUUCGAGUGGAGAAAAAUUUGAGGUUACUCUGGAUCAGAUGAAAUUGAAAACACCACAGGGCAGAAUAUUUGAGGUGAAUAGCAAACCUCUGGCCUUAGCAGUGGCCACUGAGUGGGACGCACAGAAGGAGACAAUCAACAGAGAGAGCAUGCAUCUGACAUCCUUAUGCAACACUGUAUUAGACAAUCCAUACAAUUGCACCAAAAUAGAUCUGGUCAAUCACAUGAUAAACUGUUUAGAAAUGGACACGAUUUUGUUUUAUUCGAGUGAAGUGGAUGAACUGUAUCAAUUACAAAUUGAAAAGUGGGAACCAAUAGUUUAUUGGUUUUGUAAACAUUACAAUGUAGAGAUUAAGAAAACUCAAAGUAUAGAUGCACCUACAAUAUCUAUGGAAAUCAAAGCUACAUUAACAAGACAUUUAUUAUCUCAUAAUUUCAAUAGUAUUUAUGGUCUUGUAUAUGCAGUGGACAGAUUAAAAUCAAUUAUUUUAACUCUUGCCACAGUUGCAACAGUAAUUAAUAUUCCGGAAGCUGUAAGUCUUUCACGCCUAGAAGAAGAAUACCAGAUUUCUCAUUGGGGCAAUGUAGAAUGGUAUCAUGAAUACAGCAAACAAGAUCUGCAGGCUCAUCUAUCGGCAGCAAUGUUAUUUGUAUAUUUAAAUUCUCAUUCCUCCACUUCUCAGCUCAAAAAUGACGCCUUUAAUGUAAGCUAA